AUGGGGUUAGGAGGUGUGAGGAAGGAUGUCAGGGGUAUGGGGUUAGGAGGUGUGAGGAAGGAUGUCAGUGGUAUGGGGUUAGGAGGUGUGGGGAAGGAUGUCAGGGGUAUGGGGUUAGGAGGUGUGGGGAAGGAUGUCAGGGGUAUGGGGUUAGGAGGUGUGAGGAAGGAUGUCAGGGGUAUGGGGUUAGGAGGUGUGAGGAAGGAUGUCAGGGGUAUGGGGUUAGGAGGUCUGAGGAAGGAUGUCGGGGAUAUGGGGUUAGGAGGUCUAAGGAAGGAUGUCAGGGGUAUGGGGUUAGGUCUGAGGAAGGAUGUCAGGGGUAUGGGGUUAGGAGGCCUGAGGAAGGAUGUCGGGGAUAUGGGGUUAGGAGGUCUAAGGAAGGAUGUCAGGGGUAUGGGGUUAGGUCUGAGGAAGGAUGUCAGGGGUAUGGGGUUAGGAGGUCUGAGGAAGGAUGUCAGGGGUAUGGGGUUAGGAGGUGUGAGUGAGGAUGUCAGAGGUAUGGGGUUAGGAGGUCUGAGGAAGGAUGUCAGGGGUAUGGGAUAA